UGGUUAAGAGUGAAAAGUCUUCUGCAUGGUUAUGCUUUCAGUUGUUUUACAGCGGGCUUAGGUGUGCUGUCAGUGUGAUGGAGGUUUUACAGCAUUCAUAUUUACAACUUCUAAAUAUACUUUUAUUGACUUUAUUGGAACUCAAAGCUGUGACGCAGACACCUUGCAAAAACGUUAAUGCUGGCAGCAUCAACUCUGCACAGGGUGAUAAUGUAUCUAUUUAUUGCAAUACCACAACCCUUCACUCAAAUACCUUUAACGUAAAACUACGCAGAACCAACCCAGAUGAAAUCGUCCUACAGUAUCCAAAUGCAGCAUCACAGCUUCACAGAUGGUCUGUAAGAACUGAUGCUGGACAUGUUAGACUUGAUCUUCAAAAUAUCACUUUAAGCGAUUCUGGCCGAUACGAAUGUGAGGUGCACAGUGGUUUAGAGUGUACCACAACUAAACUGUCACUGAGGGUCAAAGAGUGUAAAGUUAUGGACCCAAUUUGGACAACUGAAAAGUCUACAGUUACGCUACCCUGCUCUGAACAUCUAAACGUUGAGUGGGAAGUCAUUCAUGGUGACCAAUCAACAGAUGUAAACGAAUAUUCAUGCAAGCACUCAGACAGCAUAGACAGUGCACCAAAGCCUCUGUGUGAGAGACAAAUUACGAAGAAUGGAUCUCUCAUCAUACGUGAUGUGGUAAACACUGAUGCACAGUGGUAUCGGUGCAGAGUGAAUAAAAUGUGCUGCUAUGAUGUAAGGCUGCACGUUACAGGUCAUAAGACAUCUGAUUCAACAACAGCAGUGCAAGUAACAGUUCUCACAAAUGCAUCAGUCUCCACUGUUAGUCUUGCUGUCCAGAGUGAAGGCAAAGGGAGCUCGACUGCAGCAAUCUCUAUAGUAUCUCUGUGUGUCAUCAUAACCUUGAUCGUGUUUGGGAUUCUGUAUCUGAAAAAACGAAAGAGCAAAACCAGCCGCCAAAUUGAAUUUAACCGGAAUUCCUUAUAUUUUCUUCAGGAUUCUGUAUAUUACUCUCAGAUUUCAGAUGGGCUUCAAUUCCCACUAUAUUAUUUGUUGGACAAUAAUACAGAUGCAAUGACUACCUUUGUUCCUGAACAAACAGAAGCGACUGCAUAUGGAAAUGUUGACCAACCUGUAACAAAAUGCAGUUGUUAAUGUUUUCACUUGUUUUAUUUUGACAUUCAAAUCUCUUUGUGCACUUUAACUUCUGACUUACUAAUGCUAUGCCAUCUUUCACAAGCUGUAAUAAAGAAUAAAAAUCUGUCUGGCCAGAUCGCUUUGUAAUGCCUUUAAAGUGGCAUCUGAAAACAAAUUGUUGUUUUCCUUUCAGCCGUGAUGAAACCAACUAUGUAGCUUUGGUCACUACCAAAAAUUCUUUCAUGAAACAAUGUGCAAACAUUUCUUUAAAUCUUCUCAAAAUCCACACCCUAAACACACACAUACUGUAAGCCAGUACUAAUCCUUCCCAUUUUAUUAUUGCUUAAUAUCAAUUGUCACACCAAUUUACUUUUGAAGCUUAGCUAUUUUAAAAGUAAAGGUUAAAGGUUUAUCAGUAUGUAUUGUCAUUCUUCAGGGAAUUUUUUUGAGUGAUGUUACUAUAAAUACUAUUCAGGUGUUACAGUAUUAUGAAUGACACGCAUAUCACAAGAUUAAAUUGCUCAUUGCUCAAGCUCAUGAGUACAUGUGCACAGACAAUUUAUGGAAUUGAAAUCAUUUGAUUAUUAGCAUGCAGAAAAGCAAUUGUUUACUUUAAAUGUCAUUUUCUUUGCUUAAUUCUGGAAUUCUUUCAAACACAAUCUUAUUUUCUCGACCGCUUCUCUAAAUUUUGUAGUCCCACACAGCUACAGCCGAAGACCUUGACGCUACAACUACAUUGUGUCUUUUUCUAUUUGAACAGCUACAUUUUUGUGAGAGUUUUCUUGCCUUUUUCUAUAAUCUAUUUCUAAACCACCUCACUACAGAAUGUGUAAACAUACAGUAUUACAAAACUACAGUAUUACAUUUUCCCCCUGAGCUAUGACUGUACUAAAAAUUUAAUACCAGUAUCUGGUUUGGGUUGCAAGUAAUGUAAGCAUGACAAAUCUGUAGUUUCAGUGUGUGCACAAGAAGUAUAGAUCAGAUUCUAUAGGCUAAGACAUCUGAGAAAUGAUUCAUAUGAGACUGAUUAAGCCACACAAGUCAAAUUUUAUACUUUAUAUUUCACAUUUAUAACAUUUAGGGGUGGUUUCGCAAACAGGGAUAGGCCUCAGUUUAAUUAGGAAAUAUAAAUAGUUUUAACAAACAUGCCUUACUAAAAACAUUAUUUGAGGCAAAACAAAUGGCACUGAUGUAUUUUAAGAUAUGUCAGUGCAGGUUGUUUUUAGUUUGGACAGCUCUUAUAUUUAUUUUAGACUCGUCUAAUCUCUGUCUGGGAAACCACCUCAUAAUGUUUUA